AUGGGGCCCCAGCUAAGAAGUGGGGUGCUGUUGACAUUCAGAGAUGUGGUCAUUAAUUUCUCUCUGGAGGAGUGGGAACGCCUGGACCCUGCUCAGAGAACUCUGCAUAGGGAUGUGAUGUUAGAGAACUACAGAAACAUUUCCUCCUUGGGUCUCGCUGUCUCUAAGCCCCAUCUGAUCAUUUGUUUGGAGCAAAGCAAAGAUCCUUGGACUUUACAGACACAAAAGAGAGCAGCCACACCUCCAGGUAGGAAGGAGUGGGUGAAGCAGCACACACAAGCAUUUUUAAUGUUUCUUAGUACAUAUAUGCUGUACAUAAUUACAUUCAUCAUGGGGAGGUGCUUCGUGGGCAGUAACACAACUGUUCAUUUCCUCUUGCCCUUUUCUUUCCACCCCAGUCCACCCUGCAUCCUCAUUUUCCAUCUGUAAGAGACCUGUCUCCCUAUUUCCUUUGUCUAUUGUCCUUGUCCUAUUGUCUUUCGUUUUGCUCUUUGAACUAUUUAAGGUAGCUCUGAGUACAUCAGUUCUGCCUUCUAGAGCUGUUAUUAAUGUUUUUCUUUUUUUUUUCUUUUAUGGCUUCUUAUAAUUCAACCUAUUGAUAUUUCAUUUGUUUCCCAUUGAUGCCCUUUGGAGCAGCUUUUGGGAGGUCAGGAGUUUGGGGUGCAUUUAUCACCUUGUUGGCCCAUAUUUUGAUGUGCUAAGGCUUCAGGAUUAAUUAGGCAGCUUUGCUGCUGGUUUAGAGAUCUGUUUAGUUGAUAUGUAAAUUCCAGUGAUGCAAUCUUGGCUUUGGUUACAUUUGGAUAUUUAUCUACCUCUAAGCCUACUUAGUUUAUAAUAGUAUCAGACACAAUCAUUGAUCCUUACCAGUUAUAUAUCAUCAAAUGGAUCCAACCAUAGGUAAUCAUGUGUUAAAAGGUUUUAACAACUUCAACCUCAAACAGACUAAUGCCUCAGACAGACUAAUGUAGCAUUACUAACAAGUACGUUGAGGUGUAGAUGGAGGGGAAAGAAAAAAGGAAAUAAAAGAGAAAGUCAGUAGAUGAGAAACAGUUGAAAUCUGUUGGAAUUAUUAUUGUUGGAGUGAAGGGCUGGUGUGCAGGCUUGAGAGAAUGUUUGUGGAAGAAGAUGAAGGGACCCGGGCGGUGUACUUGGAGGUUAAGGGAACUGUGAAAAGGUCAGACUAGAUUGGCUUGAGUUUGGAGCCUGUAGGUACAGUUUUGGUGAGCGCUGCCCUGACUUGCCCUGGAAGAUACUAUGAAGCCGAAAGCACUGCUUCAUUCUUACUGUCACCUACUAUAUUUGCCAGAUGAAUGGAGGGAGGAAGAGAGAAAAAGGGAUGAGAAGAGAAGAGGAUGGAUAAAAAAGAGUGCAAGAAAAGAGAAGACGCACAAAAGAAACUCAUGGGUUGCAAAAAUACACAGUCAAAGCAUCCUCACAGUUGCAUUUGAGGUGCAGACUUGAGUUCACUCCCAGGUCUCUGACACGCACGCACACAUGCCACCCCACCCUGUGGCUUGCUGUGUCCUGUGUGAGCAGGAGUCUUGUCCAUCCAGAGGGCCGCACCCCGGGAACAGUUGCUGUGACCCUUUGCCUUUAGCCCCAGGUCCUGCCACCUCAAUCAUUCAGGAAGAGAAGGGAGUGGUGCAGCUGCCACCAGUGUCCACUCCUCCCUGACUUCCACCUAGUUCUCCUUAGUCCCCACUCCUUUCCCUGCCUGGCAAAUCCUGCAGUUGCCUCUACAG